CCAGGUGCGGAAUUACCCGCUGGAGCGCUGGUCUCGUCCUCCCACCCACUGGGUCCCGUUGCUUCCCGUCCCUCCCCGGGCAUUGCCAGGCUGGCUAAUUUUAGCCAUGCUAAUUUGGACACCGUGCCUCCUGGUAUCUCACUGGGCUUUGAUUUGGUUUUGUUUGACUACCCACGAGGCCGAACACCUGUUUGUGUGCUUACUGGCCAUUCGUGGUUGGGGAAGGACGUGAUCUGUGGGAGGUGUUCAUACAGCCUGGAGCUGAGCUGGUUGUAACUCUACUCGGCUCUCUUCCACCUUGAGUGGUUUUCCUCUUGAUUAGAAAGGAAGGAACAUUUGAGCCCAGGUUUGCAGGGUGGUGAAUAAUUAAACAGAGCGGGGUCUCUGUUAGACCUCACAGUUAGAAAGCGGCUCAGGGGGACAGCGAGCGGGGCGUUUGAGAGCCAGACGGACAGUGCGUGUGGGGUGCACAGCUCUGGGUGGACCGACAGAUGGAUGGCGCGUGCAGGGAGCAGGGAAGCCCUGGGUGGACAGAUGGACAGACAGUGUGUGGGCGCGGGAGCCCUGGGUGGACAGACUGACAGACGGUGCGUGGGUAUGGGAGCCCUGGGUGGACAGAUGGACAGACAGUGCGUGCAGGCGUGGGAGCCCUGGGUGGACAGACGGACGGAUGGUGUGUGCAGGAGUCCUGGUGGCCCUGGGGGCGAUGCGCCAGCACAUGAAGGGCCCUCGCUGAGCGGAGACCUCGCACCCUCACUGCACGUUCCCGCUCCGUUAUGUAGCGCCCGGAAAUCCUGCUGCAAACGUCCAGAGCCGCACACAAACCUCGACACCCUGACCCUGUGUGCGCAGCGCCAGUGCCGAGCAGGGAUGGUGGGGCCUAUGGGAAAGGCCAGCGCCCGUGUGUGCGCACGCGCACACACACACCGCGUGCACACGCCCUACACACACGCACACACAUGUACACGCUCACACUUACGUGCACACCCGCACGCACGCCCCACACGUGCAUGCGCACACCCGUGUGCACACCCGCACACACACAGACCCGUAGGAGGCUGAAGACGGAAGCACGGGGGGACAGAGACUCGUGACCGCACGGUGGUCACGUUGCUGCAGAAGAUCUCGCGGGAACACCCACUACAGCAACGAGAUCACACCGAGACACGGCUGUUGGAGGCACAGAGACGAGCUGGGCCGUCCGCCGUCGUGGCUUCGGAAGAGAGCGACGUCGAGGCGUGCGUACGCGUGUGCAUUGACCCGUGUUUCUGGUGGAUUCCCUCCCCGCCUUUCGGAUGCCCGCCUGGGAGAAGAGCGCAUCUGCUAUCUACGAGGUGACCCAUGGGGUGUGAAUCGCUGCCCGAUGUCGGCGCUGCGGCAGUGACCCGGGGGGACACACACCUUCCCUCGUGGGACGCAGGUGCCCGUGGGCAUGGAGCGGAGUUUCCUAAGCGGCAUUUGAGGUCUGGUCGCCGCGGUGGCUCGGAGACGCGGAGGCCAGCGCGAUGGAGGAGGACACUGAACUGAGAACCGACGGAAACUCCCUCUUAAAGGCUGUGUGGCUGGGGAGGCUCAGGCUGACCAGACUCCUCCUGGAAGGGGGCGCUUACAUCAACGAGAGCAACGACAAAGGCGAGACGGCUCUCAUGGUGGCCUGCAUCACCAGGCACGUGGACCAGCAGAGCAUCAGCAAGUCCAAGAUGGUCAAGUACCUGCUGGCCAACAGGGCGGACCCCAAUAUCCAGGACAAGUCUGGCAAGACGGCCCUCAUCCACGCCUGCAUCAGGAGGGCCGGAGGAGAGGUGGUCUCCCUGCUCCUGGAGAACGGCGCGGACCCCAGCCUCGAGGACCGCACGGGGGCUUCGGCUCUGGUUUACGCGAUACACGCGGAUGACAAAGAUGCCCUGAGACAUCUCCUCGACGCCUGCAGAGCCAAAGGGAAGGAGGUGAUUAUCAUCACGACAGAUAAAUCAUCAGCGGGCGCCCAAACCGCCAAACAGUACCUUAACGUCCCUCCGUCACCCAAAGUGGAAGACAGACAGUCACCUCCACUGUGCGCGUCUCCCUCGGAUGUCGAGCUGAAGGCUCCGGGCCUGGGCGCUCCGCCCAGCGAGCGGGAGGACGACUUCUUCAGCGUCCAGACGGGGCAUCCGAGUGGUUGCCACACCGCCAAGGCUCUCAACGAGCCUGGGUCACCCACCAGGAAAGUUGGGAACCUCAAGAGAGCCCGCCUGCCCCAGCUGAAGAGGCUCCAGUCCGAACCCUGGGGCCUGAUCGCGCCGUCCGUGCUGGCUGCUAACGUGCGUCAGGAUGACGCCCACGGCGCGGGCACAGACAGUGAGGUCAUCAAGAGCAUUAGCGACGUGUCCUUCCCCAAAAGGGGGCCGCUCUCCAGAGCCAGCAGUAUCGACGGCAAAGACCCCGCCCUGUUCCCCACAUUCACAGAGCAGAUUCUGAAGAUCCCAGGCUCGCCGGCACCCGCAUCCUGGAAGGCCGCCUACGACAAGGGCCAGGCGUCCCACCCUCGUGUGGCCAGAAGAGGGACUCUCCCUGUGGAGCAGGAGAAGGCUGGAGUCAGUCCGUCAGUGUCCCGCAAGCGGCUGGAAGACGACCCGUACGAUUUCGAUCUGCAGCCAGGGGCUGACCAGCUCCAUCCCGUCUCCCUGGAGUCGGGCAAAGCGCCCCUCGAGAGGAAGAGGCUGAACGGCUCCCACGUGGCUCUCUUCCACGGCUCCCGCGAGUCCCUGGACGCGGCGCCCGGCACCUCCCCCAGCUCGGCGCGCCCCAGGCCACCGCCUCUUCUGGAAAGGCGAGGUUCUGGGACUCUGCUGCUGGACCGCAUCUCGCACACCAGGCCCGGCUUCCUUCCGCCUUUAAACGUAAAUCUGAACCCACCCAUCCCAGAUAUCAGGCCCGGCGGCAAACCUUCUUCUCCACUCGCCAGCAGCCUAAAAUCCAUGCUGCCCGUGGCUCCCAGCUCACCGAAGAGAGCUGACUCGAGGAGUCAAAAGAAACUACUCCGGAGGCACUCCAUGCAGGUCGAGCAUGUGAAACAGCUGUCUGGCUUUGAGGAGAUCAUGGCCUAGACACUUCCAGAGGGUCUCCACGUACCCGACGACAGGCACCAUAAUCCGGACCAACACAGCUGUGUGGGCCCUCUUCCUCCCGCCCGUCCCCCCGUGCUGCUGUGCGGCCCGUCUCACAGGGUAUGGAACAGGGCCCCGCUUCCCUUCUGAAAUGAUCGUGGGUUGUUACGGGUUUGCUUGAAAAGGGCUCAGGGUAAUUGGGUUCUGGGGAUGAGGUUACCGAGAAUAAAUUUCUCCGAAGGAAGAAAACCUUUGGGGUUUGAGAGUAACGCAGCUGGUACGGUGAUCUAGGCCCCUGACAUCAGUUCCUUUCCACCAGACAAACUAGAAUUUAGAUCCCAGGACGGCAGUGAAAGCAUGCCCUUAGUACUAAAUCUAUAAAGUGCCUACAAAGGAAAUGAGGCUUUAGAAUUUGUCAUGUGUGCAAAAGCUCGAAACUGGCCCCUGAGAUCUGGCAUGCUGCGUGUUACGUGUCAGCCCAAGGUGGAGAAGGGGGGACAGAGCCCCCAUCAGAAGCAUCAGAAGGCGGGGAAGGCAGGGAGGGCCCCCCCAUCACAGGGGCUCUGGCUGCCUGUCACCGGGUCAUGGGGCAGUGUCCUGCUCGGCACGGUCACGGUCUUCCCAAACCCCCCUAUCACACUGUGUUCACAUGCUCAUCUGGAUGUGCUAUGAGUCCCCAGAUACAACUACAUGUCCCCCAAAUUCCGAUGUGCCAUUGUCACUGGUGCGUCAGAUGUGAAAUCGGCCUCAUCCACCUGCCCUGACGUGAGCCGUGCCAAAAUCUUGGGAAAACACAGCCAGGGUCUGGUAAUUAAUUUGGAGGUAAAUGUGAUACGGUUUCCAGAAUAGACCUGUUUCUUGCCUGUUCUUCUGAAAAGUCGGUGACAACCCCCCACCCACCCAAAGCCAGAACAAUAUGUAGCACUGGGCCGCGCACACGUGGAAAGCACAAGUGGGUGGUUCUCAGGCUUGAGAGAGUGGCGGGGAGUGGAUCGGGUGUUGUAGCCCGAAAACUUCCGGGGGUGCAGACUGGCGUCUCCCCUGCUCUUGUCCAGGUAACUCCAGAGAAAUCCGGUUUCUGCGAAUUAUCUGAAGUGUCUACGCAGUGGGAGGUUUGUAGAGAUAACCCGGGUGAUGCUGUCCAGCCGUUGCACAAACCCAGGAAGGGAAGCAGAGACUUAGCACGCUCGGUGUGACGGGGCCACAUUUCAGAUGACGGGCCUGGUCGUUUUCCCGUUCAUUUUUCCCUCCUGCUGCUCAGAUCCGUGUGCUCUGUGGUUGGAAGAAUGUGGUCCCUGGGGGUCGCCUCCCGUGGAGGAAGGAGUAGAGGCUCUGAGGUCUGGGUUUGCAACUCUGUUCCGUCAUUUCCCAGCUUGGGGACUUCGGCUUUUCUAAGCCUCCACUCGGUUGUCUGCAAAGGGCGCGGGGGCCGGUGCCAGAACGUGCCUGUCCCGCACCCGGGGUGAGGAGGGGUCGCCCAGUCUCCCGCACAUCUCCAGGCCUCUGAGGCUGGCUUCAGAAUCUACAAGUUAUACAUAAUAUCCCACACAGAACACAGUCAAGUCCAGCUGAAAAGUUCAAGUGUCUCCUUGAGCUCCUCCGUGGUUCCGUAGUCCUGAGCCCCAAGUACACUCGAAAAGUAAAUUCUGCCACAUCCGCUUCUCAUACGAUAGCGUCUCUGUGACGACACUUGGUAGACCCUUACCGGGGCAUCCCGAACAAAAGUGCUGACGACCAACGAUGCUCACAGAUAAGCCAAAUGUUCAUUUUUUGAUGCUUCCUCCAGGGCGGGGGCACCACUGACACUUUACGCUGGGUCGUUCUGUGCCGUGGGGGCUGUCCUGGUCCACCCGCUAGAGGCCGGCAGCAUCCUCCCUCGAAUUGCGACAACCAAAAACGGCUCCAGACAAGGUCAGACCGCUGGGGGGCGCCAUCACCUCGGCUGAUCACCGCCGCUCCAGGAGAAGGCGGCGCCAGAACAAGUCAAGACCCACGAAGCCGCACGCCGUCUGGCUGGCUCGGCCCUGCCCCUCACUUGAAGCCGUUCGAACUGUGCUUCUGUAGGACGACUGUGGUCGGGCUCUCAGGAUUCCCGGCAAACACAAACGGAAGUGCCGGUGGCCCUGUGUUCCUUGCAGGGAGGGAAGAAAAGCUCGUAAACUCGCGCAAACCGAGGGCUCGCGGACUUGGUUUAGUGUGGACAAUCCGUGUUCUUUCCAGGGCCCUUUAGUCUCGAACGGUUCCUACCAAAGGCACACGAUGAGCGGCAGAGAAACAACCCUCCGAAGCAUUACAGAGAGAACCGUACAGACUACCGCUGUUGUCAGCCCAUCACGCACGCGCACACGUGUGUGUACACGCACGUGUGGCCAGUGCUCUCCAAGCGUCGUUCGUGCUGGUGAAAGCCCUGCAUCUAACUGUGGGGGAGCAGCGCUGCACACGAGCAUUUGUCUGAACCUUCAGCCAAGACCGGAAAGCCCGACUCAUCCUGGAAGCGAGCACGGCACAUCCAUAGCGAUGAGCUCAGGUGAAACGCGAAACGUGGUAGCUACUCAGCCGGAGCGACCUGUCCGUCCCCGGAUGCCUGUGGCAGGCGCUGUCACGGCACUCCCCGCCUGCAUCGGUCACUUGUGCCCUUCCCCUUGGCCUUCCUCUAGACAGUCACCGGAUCGUCCCUGUCUCAUCCCUGUUUGACGAUGCAGUAGCUGAAUUAGGCCGUUCCAACCUAGCGUGCCCACCACAACGCUUUAUCCUGGUUCGUGCAUAAGUAGGCGAUUUUGUCCAGGUUAACAAACCUCACAACGAUGCUUCUUAAAAGCAUAUUUUAGAUUCAAAUGUGCUUCGUAGGUCGGAGAUUAGCUUUUCUUUUCGGGAUCCUGGCGUCACUACAGAAUUUCGCUGCCAUCUGUGGUUUUAACAACCCAUCCACUUGAGACCUUCCGGAACGUUCAUCAAAAUAUGGGACACGAGUCUAAAGUUUAAAGUCUGGGACUUCGGUUUAAUUUCUAGACACUCCAAAGCCGGUUUUUGUUUUACUUGUUUGUUUGAAUCAUUGUCAGUUCUUAGAAUUUCAUCCAGUGAACGGUAUCCUGCAAAACGCAGGCUGUGUCUGACCGUCUGCCUCUGUGUUGGUGCUUUGGACGUAUCCCUGUUGCUUGAGCUCGUUCUCUACGGCGUUCUACUCUAGCCUCAAGCCGACGACGUGCUCAAAGAUGUAUCAAAAUCCAUGUAUCGGAACUGUUAGGCAUUUCUAACACGUCAAUAAAAGAUACUCUGCAAUCCUUCAA